AUGGCGCGCGUCUACGCCAACGUCAAUCAAGAGAUGCCCCGCGCGUACUGGGACUACGACUCUGUCAAUAUCAGCUGGGGCGUCCUUGAGAACUACGAGGUUGUGCGGAAGAUCGGCCGCGGCAAAUACAGCGAAGUCUUCGAAGGCAUCAACGUCGUCAACUACCAGAAAUGCGUCAUCAAAGUCCUCAAGCCCGUCAAGAAGAAGAAGAUCAAGCGCGAGAUCAAAAUCCUGCAGAACCUGUCGGGGGGGCCGAACAUUGUCGCGCUGCUCGACGUCGUGCGCGACAGCCAGAGCAAGACGCCCAGCCUGAUUUUCGAGAACGUCAACAACACCGACUUCCGCACCCUCUACCCCAAAUUCCAGGACCUUGACGUCCGCUACUACAUCUACGAGCUGCUCAAGGCCCUCGACUUCUGCCAUUCCAAGGGCAUCAUGCACCGCGACGUGAAGCCGCACAAUGUCAUGAUCGACCACGAGGCGCGCAAGCUGCGCCUCAUCGACUGGGGCCUUGCCGAAUUCUACCACGCCGGCACAGAAUACAACGUGCGCGUCGCCAGCCGCUACUUCAAAGGGCCGGAGCUGCUCGUCGACUUCCAAGAGUACGACUACAGCCUCGACAUGUGGAGUCUGGGCGCCAUGUUCGCGAGCAUGAUCUUCCGCAAAGAGCCCUUCUUCCACGGCAACAGCAACAGCGACCAGCUCGUCAAGAUAGCCAAGGUGCUCGGCACGGAGGAGCUGUUCGACUACCUCGACAAGUACGAUAUUGAAUUGGAUGCGCAGUACGACGACAUCCUCGGCCGCUUCCCCAAGAAGAGCUGGCAUGCGUUUGUCAACUCCGAGAAUCAGCGCUUCGUUAGUAAUGAUGCGAUUGACUUUCUCGACAAGUUGUUGAAAUAUGACCAUCAGGAACGGCUGACUGCAAAAGAAGCCAUGGAACACCAGUACUUCGAGCAGAUCCGCAAAGCCGAAUUCAGCAACAGCACGCAUACAUGA